AAGAGUUUUAAUUUUGCAUACAUGUUUUUAAGAAAUUGUACUGACAUAGACGGUAAAUCCCAGCAGAGUUCCAGGCUGGUUGAAGAAGGGUUAGACUUGAUUCCCUCGCGAAUGCAGCAAAAAAUGCACACCCCCAGAAAACUGCAUUGCAGCCGGCAUACCGUCCCGAUAGAAUAUGAUAAGCUCAGUUAAAAUCGGGUCACUGACAAUCACUUUCUGUAGGGUCCCUAACUCUCCAGUUUAACAAUGCGUGGGAGGACCGCCAUUAGCAUGACAAUGUGUGGGUAAUCCCUCUCUGAAUCUGUGAUCUCAGAUACGUUAGGGGCGCUAUUGUAAGCAGCCGGGAGCCAAACAAACCGGCCGCAGUCUGGCCCCCUAUUCAUGGUCCCUUUGCGCUUUCCCCAUCCAGGGAGAAAGACCCAAUAUGUGACAGUGUGCAAUAUUUUAAAGGAUUUGCUAAAUAAAAAAAAAUAAAUGAAAUACCGUGACCCUUACAAGGAUAAGUGGGUCAAUGAGAAUUAUCAUUGUUGAAUAAAUGACUCCAUUGUUUAUCUUUAAAUGUAUAUCAGGCCAUAUCACAAACGAAUCCUCUGCUUUUCAGCCUAUUUGACUGGAUGCCAGUGUGGCUGCCUCAAUAGGAACCUGAAUUUGCUGAGGCAUAUCUGUACUUGUAUUAAGUUGUAUGAAACGUUUCACUUUUACAAGAGAACUAGACGUAAUAAGCCACUCUUUUGGUCGUUAUAUAGAAGGUACCACAACGAGACUCGAUCGAUGGCGAUCCAAAUAGCUGCUAAAUGAAAUGAAAGGAAAAAUGAGCACGCAGGAGGGUGCUAAAGAGUGUAAAAGUUUACCAUUCAGGGGUGUCGAAGACGCCGCUGUCCCCUGCCUUGGCUGAGCUUUUGUUUUGGCUCUGCGUGCCAGAACAAUUAGUUAUGUUAAUUAUGACGCCCGUCGAUAAAUACACCAAAUAGAUUAGCAGCAGAUUGGCUGAGAUCCAUGAAGAGGGUGUGGCCUGGUGAGUGACAUCAGCCUGGCAGCCGCCCUAGGAGAGAGAAGAGUGUGUGUGUGUGUGUGUGUGUGUGUGAGAGAGAGAGAGUAAGAGAGAGAGAGAGAGAGAGGGUUCCUGGACAGAGAGAGAGAGGGAGGGGGAGAGAGAGAGAGAGAUCUUUUUCCAUAUGGGAUCCAUCUGUGUUUCUCUGGCUUCGAUCAAGCCGCUUUGGCCUCGCUGGGGCUCACAUAUGUGGGAACGCAAACACAUGCGUGACACAUGAAGACGCAGAGAGAAGCAAGGGAAAGUGGCUAGAGAGAGACGGCGUUGCAGUUUUCGGACAAGAGAGAGAUUGAACCGGGAGGAGACCGAGACAAGAAGAGGUCUGCCAUGCCUGGUUCUCCUGUGGAUGUCAAAGCUCAUUCCAGACCAGCGCCUUCUGCUAUGCCCCCCCUGCCCUCUGUCAACCCCAGCGGGCCCCGCCCCGUCUCCUUCCCCUCUGCCACACUGACCAAUGGGAUUAAUAACUCCCCACCUACUUUGAAUGCAGUUCCCUCCCCGCCCCAGCACUAUAGCAACGGGCCGCCAUCAUCCUCCUCGUCUCUGGCCAACCAGCAGCUGCCCGCCACCUGCGGGGCACGGCAGCUCAGCAAGCUGAAACGUUUCCUGACGACGCUGCAGCAGUUCGGGAGCGACAUCUCGCCGGAGAUCGGGGAGAGCGUGCGCAGCUUGGUGCUGGCACUGGUGAACUCCACCGUCACCAUCGAGGAAUUUCACUCCCGACUACAGGAGGCGACUAACUUCCCCCUGCGGCCUUUCGUCAUCCCCUUCCUAAAGGCCAACCUGCCCCUCCUGCAGAGGGAGCUCUUGCACUGCGCCCGGGCAGCCAAGCAGACGCCUGCCCAGUACCUCUCACAGCAUGAGCACCUGCUGCUCAGUACCACGCUGGCAUCGCCGUCUGACUCCUCGGAGCUGCUCCUGGAGCCCGGCGAGAACGCCAAGAGACACAGCCCCAGCACGGCUAAAGAGAACGGCUUUCACGAGAGGCCCCCAGGUCCCCUGGAACCCCCAGCCAAGCGCAUCUGCACCAUCAGCCCCGCCCCCAGGCACAGCCCUGCCCACCCCCUGCCUCUGACUGGCCAGCUGCACCCGACGCCCCCGCCCUUGCAGCACUAUGCCCUGGAGGACAUAGCCGUACCACACCUAUACCGCGAGCCCCAGAGGCUGCUGGAGCUGCGAGACCUCAAGGACAGGCCGCGCCUCUCAGGCACCAACGGAGCCUUCCGUGAGGAGCCCGUGGACCACAGGCUGACGGAGAGAGAGUGGGCCGACGAGUGGAGGCACCUCGAUCACGUGCUGAACUGCAUCGUGGACAUGGUGGAGAAGACGCGGCGUUCGGUCAGCGUGCUCCGCCGCUGUCAGGAGGCGGAUCGGCAGGAGCUGCAUUACUGGAGGAGGCGCUCCAGCGAGCAGGAGGAGGCCGGGAAGAGCGGGUCCAGCCUCCCCAAAGCCCAGAGCCCGCGGCUGGGCGAUGGAGGACAGGCCGAAAGCCAGAGGGACUUUGUGCUGAGGGUUGGCUCUGCGUAUGUGCCGGACGAGAUUUGGAGGAAAGCUGAGGAGGCUGUCAAUGAAGUGAAGCGGCAGGCAAUGGACGAGGUCCAGAAGGCCGUGGCUGAGGCUGAGCAGAAAGCCUUCGAGAUGAUCGCUGCCGAGAGGACCAAGAUGGAGAGGACUCUCGCCGAGGCCAAGAGGAAGGCCACUGAGGAUGCCUUCCAGGUCAUCAACGAGCAGGAGGACUCCAGCGAGUGCUGCUGGAACUGCGGGCGCAAGGCCAGCGAGACGUGCAGCGGCUGCAACGCUGCGCGCUACUGCGGUUCCUUCUGCCAGCACAAGGACUGGGAGAGACACCACCUGAUCUGCAGCCCGGGUCUGCAGGCCCAGCCUAAGGCCCACUCCGCCGCGGCUGCCAGAGCAACCGGGAAGGCUGACAGUGCCCCCGCGCCCAGCCCUGGCGCAGAGAAGGUUCCGGUCACUUCCCGGUCCUCUACUCCAACACCUGUUCCUGCUCCUGAGACCAAUGGACACUAAUUCAAGUCUCGACAUCCAACAGGAGCUGACCAACAAGGACAUUCAGCUAUCCACCAUUGUGGUCAAAAGGGAGUUUAAAUGGGUUCUGGAUCCAGGAUUCUAAAAAUCCAGUUUUAAAAAAAAGACUGAUCCCUCUCAAGACUAGGAAGAGGGGACCUUCCAUCCUCUGUUGGACACAUGGAUGAGUCGGGGGUCUCUUUAUCUCGUCUGUGAAAAAAAUCUAGAUUCCGGGCAGACUGAUACACAGGACUAAUAAAGACACAAGCUUUGUCUUGUGGGUUUGAAUUUUCACGUAAAAAUCCUUCCGCAUCUGAAGCUGUAACGUUGAACACUUCCAUCAGGAUUCCCCCCUCGUACGGUCACUGCAUAUUCCACAUAUCAGCUUUAUCGUGUGUAUAUAUUGCUGAGAAAAUUAAAUAAACCUGAUGCUGGCCUUAUAAUUGCAUCUAUAUUGACCAUGCAUACUCCACUGAAAAUGAUACAGAUUCUGUACUUAUCUUUUAAAAUGAUAAUCUGCGUUUGACUGUCAUUCAUAUCGUAUGUCCUCAAAGAAUACCUUUGGUUUCCCCAUAUUCUGUGUUUGUUUUUAAAUCGGUGAUCGCUCCGGAGAUUAACUGGACACAAGUACCCUAAUGCUAAAUAUUAUUAUGCUUCAGAGAUUACUAUAUUCAGGUAUACAAAGUAAGUUUAUGCCAACAAAAUAUUCUGGUAUGUUUUCUGUACCUGCAUGUUGCCACACACAUCAGAAAUACAGAAACCGUUACCUUAUGUUGAUAUUAUGUGAAGUUAUGUUCAGUUGUGCACAACAAUGCUCACGGCCGGGAAUAUGACAUGGGAAUGGUGUAUAACACAACUGGCCAUGCUAACUCUUGAAAGCACCAGGUCAGAAAUUUUAUUUUUUAAAACAGUACCACUUUAAAGUUACUUUUUUUUUUUGUAUUUUUCACAAUUUUAUUGAUCUCAGGAGGAUAUUGUACAUUUGGUU